UUUUAUAGUACUGUUUUGUUCUAGUUCUACUUGUUCGAUUUCACUCAUGUUUUUACAUUAAAAAAAAAAAUUAAUGGUAGGGAAAAAGUAAUGCUUCCUCUCAAGAAACGUAGCCUCUUAAAGGGCAAAAGAGCAACAAUGGAUGAUUACCACGAUCACGACGAUCGAAUCAGUAAAUUACCGGAUGAUAUUCUGGUGCUGAUUAUAAAUUGCUUGUCACUACGAGACGCAGCAAGAACGAGCGUCCUCUCUCGGCGAUGGAAGAAUCAAUGGACCCUAAUUUCUGGAACAAUGGAAUUCGAUGCGAGCACGACAAUGGAGGACAUGAGGUGGCUAAGGAAAGAACGAAGCUUUGAAAGACCAAGGUACGCGAAUUGGGUGAAUCGAGUUAUGGCGAGGCAUAUGUCUUCGAAGCUAGACGAAUUGAAAAUUUGUUUCGAUCUCGAUAAUAGUUUCUCCAUUGAUAUUAACAACUGGGUGGGAUUCGCAGCUGUGAAGGAGGUAAAAAAGUUAAAUUUAGGGUUUCCAGGUAGAUGGGGAGGAAUGUUGAGAAACCCUUAUUGUUUAAGCAUUUCAACUCUGUCCAAUAGAAUGGGGCAAAAGCUGAACAGUGAAGCUUUCUCUUCCUUGACUGAUCUUAAUCUGAGUUUUGUCAAUGUCAAUGACGAAGUUGUUGAGUAUUUCUUAGCCAAAAGUCCCAAUCUUGUGAAUUUAUGCAUCAAGGGUUCCAACUCUCUGGUCAAAGUGAAAGUUUCUGAAUCUGACCCAGUUCUCAACUUGAAGAGCUUAAAGAUUUUAGAGUGUCCUCUCAUAAAACUCAUCAACAUCUCAACACCAAAGCUUGUUUCAUUUGGUUAUGAUGGACCAUUGAUUGACAUGCCAUUCAAGAAAGUUCCUCAUCUAUCUGAAGUUUAUUUUGGAGGGAAUAAUACUAUUUCAUUAGCUAAUCAAUCUAAAGAGCUUUUUGGGUACUUUUCUAUGUUGAAGAUACUCAAGUUGGACAUGUCUUCUUCGGUCUAUAACUUCAAUCGUGUGGCCAGAGCUUUUGAGACUCAAGUUCCUGCAUUAAGUAAUCUCGAGCAAUUGGAACUGUCGAUAAUGGCUUACUGUGAUCAGUGUAUUCUUUGGCCUUGUUUGAUGAUAAAGGCUGCUCCUCUCUUGCAUAGGUUUUCAAUGAAGAUGAUGUUCAAGUGUACUGAUCAAGACUUGUACGACAGAAAUGAUCAGUUGUUGUCAAACGAAGACCAGAUAAGGAAAUUAAGGGAGGCAGUGUUGUUUACUCAUGAAAGUGUUAAGGAGGUGGAGUUGUAUGGCUUCUCUGACCAUCGAAAUAUCCAUAUGGCCGAGCUUUGGCUGCGUUUGGUUGAUAUUGCGGUGUCGCUUGAGAAGGUAACCAUUGAUGUUCGACAUCCAUGUUUAAAGGAAAGUCCAUGGCUAAAUGUCAAAACGCAGGAGUUAGACAAAGCCAGAGACAGAAUCAGGUUAUUUGUUCAAAAACACUUGCAUCGUCCCAAACCCAUUGAUAUACUUGUACUUUAGAUAUAGAAUCUGGUUCGGUUGUAUGUAUCUUAAACAAAAAUUGUGCCUAUUAUUCCAUCAAGCAAAAGCCUUUGUUUCUUUGUAGUUAGUAAUCUUUCACUAUUCAAAACUUUUGGUGACAAUUUUGGUGCCAACACUACCCUACAUUUCUGUAGUGUUCAAAAGUUCGAACAAUAUAUAUAUGAAUAUAGAUAUUUUAACAGUAGUCCAUUGAAAUGUACCUCAAUGGAUGAAUAAGUGUAUGUUUAAUAAAUUUUCACUUAUUAAUGGGAAUGGUUAUAUUUAUGGCAUGUUACUUUAA